UUUUUUUUUUUUCAUAAUACUUAUUUAGAGAUGAAAUCCAACCAUUCAUUAUUGAUCAUCCGAUAUAUACAUUCUUAACUUAAUGAAUUGCAAUUCUAACAAAAAAAAAAAAACUAAAACUUAAUAAGUUAUAAAUUUAUUCUAGAUCAAAGAAAACUGUGAAAGAUGUACAAUUAUUCCAUUUCCAUUUACUCGAAUCGAAUCUGUAGCUCCUCAUAUUCGAAAUUUAGGUACUUUUGCUUGGAAACCAAUCGUAAUUCAGGUUAAAUAUUUAUAUUUAGAAAAAUCAAAGCAUAAAAUAUUCAUAUUUCUAGGAUGCUAUACGACGUUUUGGUUCUAUUAUUUAUGGUGAUACAUCAAUUCGUUAUAAAACAUCAAAAUUUGAUCAUUUACUUAUUGAUAAUCUUAUACGUGGUUUUUCAUGUCGUGAAUUACCUGAACAUUAUUUAUCAUGUUUUACUUUAGAAAAAACAUUUUUAUGGUUUAAUGAAACAUCUUCAUCAUUUGAUAAUAUAUAUAUAGCUGAAGCUGGUUUUCUUGCUGUAACAGAUAAUUUUCUAUCACGUCUUAUACUUAAAACAUGGGUUACAUGUGCACUUGAUAUUAAUUGUAUAGCACCAUUAAAAUCAAAAACUCAAUGUAAAAAUAUAAUUGGAUCAACAAGUAUACAUCGUUAUGAUCAAUCAGCUAUGGUAACAAUAUUAUCAUUUUAUUUUUUUCCAAGUUUACGUCAAAAUAAUAAAAAUGAUCCAGCACCAUAUGAUAUGUAUACAUCAAUACAAGAAAAAUUAGCAGAAGUUCAACGUUUUGAAGGUGAUAGUCAUUAUUUUACAAAUAGAAAAAAUCUUUAUUUACAACAGAACAGUUCAAUAAUAAUUGUAAAAAAGUAG